AUGUCAAACAAGGAGGUGAAGGUGUUGGCAGUGGGAGAUAUCAACGGAAACUUUACUUUGCUUCAGAAAAAACUCACAUUAAUUAACAAAAAGGUAGUUAUUAUUGAUUUUCAGGAUGUAUCUUUAAGUUCAUUGUCAUAUUGUGUUGUUUUUAAUCGUAAUUUUACUUCAGAACGGGCCGUUUGACCUCGUGUUUUGUGUCGGCGAGUUUUUUGGGCCAAACGAGGAAGAGAAUCAAGACGUUGUCGAUGGAAAGAUCGAGUUUCCAAUUGCAUUGUACAUUUUGGGCCCCAAUUGUCCAUCUACAGCACGAUUCUACCCAGAAACUGGAGUCGAGUUCUCACCUAACUUAACAUUCCUCGGCCGACGUGGUAUUCUACAUGCAGCUUCUGGUCUCACAAUUGGAUAUUUGAGUGGAAUUGAAGGAAACACUUCGAAUCCAUUCCAAUUUAUCGAAGAUGACGUAGACGACCUUUUGCUUCCUAUCAGAACACAGUCCGGAUUCUUGGGUAUAGACGUUCUGGUUACUUCAGUCUGGCCUCACGAUGUAGCCAAGCAUUCCAUCAAUCAGCCGGGGAAGGAGAAUAUCGGCUCUAAACAGGUCUCACGGCUAGCGGCGGCCUUGAAGCCACGUUAUCACUUUGCUGGAAUGGGGUCUCAUUACGAACGAUCGCCAUACAGAAACCAUCGUGUGUUGGUAGAAGCUGCUCAACACACUACGAGGUUUAUUGGACUAGCAGCAGUUGGGAAUCCAGACAAAGAGAAGUGGAUCUACGCGUUCAAUGUGAAGCCAAUGAGGUUUUUGUCGAGGACAGAGUUGACUGCACAACCUCCAAACACGACUGAAUUCCCUUAUAUGGAUGUACUGACGGAAUACAUACAAUUGUAAGUAUUUAGCUUGAUUUGUGUUAUAAAGUGUUUUAAAAUGUUGUAAAAUUCCAUGCCUUAAUAUUAUUAUAUUAUACUACUUUAGACAGCGUGAAAAAGAAGUCAAGAACAAUGCCAGUCAGUUCUUCUUUGAUACAGCUCAUUAUUCAGAUGAAGAAGAACAACAAGAACAAGACCAACGAGGUUGGCGACGUCGCGGCGACAACGAUAGCGGACCUCCACAGAAAAGAAAACAGAAUAUUACACAAGAGAACUGCUGGUUCUGUUUGCUAAACGAAAAGGCUGAGAAACAUCUGAUUGUGAGUAUUGGCACCACAGCUUACAUGGCCACUCCCAAAGGUCCUCUCAACGAUCUACAUGUUAUGGUACUGAGUGUGGAACAUGUUCAGUCAUUGGCUGCUGCUUCUGAACAACUUCGGGAAGAAGUCAACAAGUACCGUGAUGCCUACACAAUCAUUUGCGAUCAAAAAGGAAUGGCACUGUGCAUCUUUGAAAGGAACUACAAGACUUCUCAUCUUCAAGUUCAGUUCGUUCCAGUACCCAAAGACACGGCUAAACACCUGAGGUCGACGUUCAUAGAAGAAGGAUCCAAGAAGGGCAUUGACUUUGUGUUUAUGAAGGAAGAGGACCAGGUUUGGGAUCUUGUCAACGAAGGAUCACCUUACUUUUAUGUUGAGCUACCAGACUCCACGAGGUUGUUCACAAAGUCCAUGGGAGGGUUCCCAAUACAGUUUCCAAGAGAGGUAAUUAAAGUUAUGAAAGGCUGGGUACAAUGUUAAGGUGCUUCUUUAUGUGCUGUAAUUUGUCAUGAUUUGUGUUUUUUAUGACUUGUACCUAUGCUGUACUUUUAAAGCUGGUUGCGUAAAUUUAUAGUAUGCCAUAACAAUUAGCCUUUUCUAUUGUUACCGUUUUUACCCAAAGACAUAUUUUAAGGCCUUCAAUGUAAUGGUAAUUAAUUUAAGGUUUUGUGUUCGCCCAAGUUGUUGAACGCCCCGGGCAAGGUUGAUUGGAGGGAAUGUGUGCUGAGUAAUGAAAACGAGAUCGACUCCACACAGCGGAUCAAAAAGCUCUUCAAGCCGUUCGAAUUUAACGGGGACAGUGAUUCCGAUUCAGAUUAAUAAAGGAUCUUCGCGUUUUCGGCCGUUAUUUCCCCAGCGAUUUGCAAUUUCAAGCGUUUUUUGAAGUUAAACUUUGACAUUAACUUGUUAUUGCAAAGUUUUAUGUUCUUGGGUGGGAAAAAGAUACAGUAAGACUUGAUGAUUCUAAGAAUUACAGGUUGGGACUUAUCCUUGAAGAGUUUUUUCUAAUAAGGUUUAUACUUUGAUUUCUGAUGAAAAUGUCAUAAAAGUAAUGAGUAUAGCCAUCUAGAGACCUUUGCCUCUGUGAAGGCCUUCCAGUUACCUUCAAUUAGACAUGUUAUUGCCUCUGAUUACAACAUAAAUCAUGUUUAUUUUGGAUGUGUUAAAGCCUGUGUUUCGCUUCGUUUUGUUCCAAUCAGAACCAGAUGAUAUCCGCUUUUUGUUCGGCCGUGACGCACGGCUAGGAGAGGAGAUAAGAACAACUGUUCACGUCUCAUGACUUUGUCAACAAUCAUCCCCCCGUGUUCCCAUCAAAAGGUUGUUUUUUGUGGAUUUGGCCCCGCACGUGUCCCCCCGAAAUACCCUAAUCCAGCUGUUUUGGAUGAUGUGGCCAUCCCCGAUUAUCUCGUAUUUGUUUUUCCAGUCGGAUAUGUUCGAAUAACGGCCUAUCACCUAUUGUAUGCGUUAUAACAUAAUAUUGUAAUAGCCAAGUCUAGAGACAUGUCGCGUGACGCAAGUCUGGAACGGUCAUCGUCCGAAGCCUCCUCCUUCGUGACGGACAAGCUGCCUCACACCAACAAUGUAAUCCGAGGCCAAGAACACGCCUACUCCGUGGGCAGGAAGAUCGCUCCCGGCCGUUACGGCGCUGUUUACGAAGUAAGUUGAAGGUCUACAAUGUGACUGAAUUUGUUUGUCUGAUGGCUCCUGAUCAAGGUUUUAACGGGUAAAGUAAGAAGGACAUUGUUAUCGACAGCUCUUAUGUAGCCUUUAUUAGAACAGCCAUGUCAAAAAGUAACUGGCAGACUAAGGUCGCAACUUUUCUAAUUUCUGAACAAUCUUUCUACAACUGCCUGGCCUUAGUCCAGUUUGAAUUAAUUGUCUAACUUUAAGUUUUAGGUUCUCCGUCGCGGCGAUGGGAAGCACUUUGCCGCCAAACUGGAGAUUUCCGACAGCCAUUUCCAUGGCUUGAACAUGGACUACAAUGUGCUACGAGAUGCAAACCGAGCCAAGUUGACUCACUUCUGUCAGCUGAUCGACCGAGGAAAGAUCGAAGGUCACUUCAAGUUCAUGGUCAUGCAAAUGGUAUGUCAUCCUCAUCAAAAGUGACACUCUUAUAAAAAGUAUUCGUCCUCAUCUACUGCAUCCAGUUAUGUUGUUAUACUACAUUAUGACUGGUCAUAUAGGAUAAUUUGUUUCAGUUAGGACCAAAUCUGGACAAACUACGACAAGAGUUUCAAGCCAACAGAUUCUCAGCCCCCACGGCACUUCGCUUGGGAUUGGAAAUGUUGACGGCGUUGGAGGAGCUACAUUCCAUUGGAGUUGUACAUAGAGACGUAAAGGUAUUGUCAUCAAUUCUUUAAAUUAUAAAACAUUUCGUUUGCUAAACGAGUUCCAUUUUAAAAACGCCACAGCAUCUUAUAAUAUAGUUUAAAAUAAAGUACAGCUUACAAGGAAAGUGCCCGACCUGCCCCGCUCUGAUUGACUUCAAACUUUUUAUAAAGAAAGAUCAUGUAAAUAUAAGAUCUUCAGCAAAGUACUAAAUCGCGCUUUCCAGGAAAUCUCGAGAAAAUCGAGAUUAAAGAAAGGCAUUUUGAAUUUCCCGCCAACUUGGCAUUGUGUUUCAAGCUUGUAACUUUGUCAUUUUUUGACUUUUAAUAAUUUUUCUUUGAUAUACUAGUAGAAAACCUUUAAAUGAACCUACGUUUUUAAAUUUGUAAACGUAUCUUGUCCGGAAAGCCGAAAAAAGUGCUUGAAACAAAAUGCCAAAAUUUGCCAAAUUAGCGGGAAACCCAAAUAUUUUAAAUUUAAAACUCAAAAGCGCAAGCUAAAAUUUUUUAUGAGUACUAUUGGUGGUCCAGAGAAUUCAUAUAAAAAUUUUGAGCCGAUUCUGAGCGGGGCAGGUAGGGUACUUUCCUUGUUAAUAUUACAGCCCUCCAACUUUGCCGUCAACUACGAAACCAACGAAUGGAAGAUAUACAUGAUUGACUUUGGGCUCUGUAAGCAAUACAAGUCAAAGAACGGCGACAUCAAAUCUCCACGAGAUUCUGUUCAAUUCAGAGGGACACAACGGUACGCUUCUGUUAAUGCUCACAACGGAAUCGACCAGUCGCCACGCGACGAUCUCGAGAGUUGGUUUUAUGUUAUCGUGGAGUUCUUGACUGGAGAGUUACCGUGGACUUUUUACAAGAAACGAGAUCGAGAAGCCGUGAAGCUAGCCAAAGAAAAUGCCAGAACAACAGAAGGAGCUGUUCAACUACUAGAAUAUUGUCCUAGGGUAAGAUUCAGACCAGUAAAUAAAUUUGACUGACAUGGGGAUGACAGUGAAGAGUCAUAGGCAGGCUUGGACGUAGGGCGUUGCCCCCUGUGCCCGACCCGGCCCGGUCCUGGGGCCGGGCAAGACACAUGAUUGUAACCGGGCAGGGCUUGCUUCGGGCCCGGUAAUGCCCUGUAAAUGCCCGGUAAAAAAUUUUCUUCAUAUUUUCAAAAAAAUAUAAAAAUCAGUUUAAAAUUGUUAAGUGCCUAAAAAGUAAUGUUACUUACCCCACUUCACUCCUGAACAUUUUAGCCCUACCCAACUCUACCCCUGACCUUUUAGCAUUGUCCGAUCCUAAGCUAUCACAUUGUACGUAAUAUGCCAUACCCUAUCCUAUAUAUCAUACCAUAGCCUAUCCUACCUACCGUAUCAAACCCUACAAUACCUUACCAUAUUAUAAAGUGCCAUACCCUACCAUACAAUACCAUAUCCUACUAUACCGUAACAUACUAUAUCAUACCAUACUGUAUCAUAUCUUACCUUUUUCUAUCUUAUACAACACUACUGUGUGCUAACCAUGAGUAGGGUAAAGCAAGUAAAUAAAGCAAGGUAAUGGUAUAAUAUAGUCAGGUAUAGUAUGGUAGGGCACGUUAGAGUAUGGAAUGUUGUAAUAUGUUAAGGUAUUGUAGGAUUUGGUAUGCUUUGUUUGGUAAGAUGGGUAUGGUAUAGUAGGUAGCAUAGGGAGUAUGGUACGGUAUGGUAUCGAAUGUUAUGUAGGAUUGGUAUGUAUAGUAAGGUAGGGUAAAAAAGUCAGAGGUAGGGUCGGGUAAGGCUAAGCAGGUUAGAGGUAAACUUGAAUAAAGCUAAAGAGGUCAGAAGUAAGGUUUGGUAGGGCUAAAAUGAUCAGGGGUGAGGCCGUGAAGGGCUAAAAAGUCAAGGGUGAGGUCGGGUAGGGCUAAAAUAUGUGGGAGUGAGGUUGAGUAGGGCUAAAGGGGUCAGGGGUGAGGUCGGGUAGGGCUAAAAGGAUCAUGGAUGAGGCCGGGUUGAUAUAAAGCAGUUUAUUUCACUUGUUAUUAGCUUUUUAAACUUAAUUUACAAAUGCCCUGUAAAACCCUGUAAAGCCCUGUAAAUGCCCUGCCCUACCCGACCCUAGGGCCGGGCAGGGCCCGAAAGCUAAAGGCCCUGCACCGGGCAGGGCCCAAGCGGGCCCGGUGCCAAAGCCGCAACUUGGGCCCUGCCCUGCCCUACGUCCAAGCCUGGUCACAGGGGUGGAUAUAAAAACCAAGACAAGGUGUUAAAACGUGACCAAAGUUAAUUUGAAGUCAAAUAUGUAGUAAAAUAGUUAUUGAACACGAUUUCAGACCGAAUUCAGACGGAUCAUGAAGUACAUCGAUGGCCUUGGCUACACCAGCAGUCCGGACUACACGUUCCUGAGAGACUUGAUCCAUCUGGCCAUGAAAAACAACGACAUCAAGCCAGAUCAGAUCUACGACUGGGAAUACGAAGCCGAGGAUUCGGACAACGAAGCUGGGCCUUCCUACAAAAACAACGCUACAGAUAACGUUGACAGUGAUAAGAGUAACGCAAGCGACGCUACAAAAAGCGUCCCUAACGGCAUCUGUGAGAAACUUGACCGACUAGUCGAAACAGUCAACGGCAACGUGAACCCGGCCUAA